AUGUCCAUGUCCUUUGAAAGAGGAGCGUCAGUCACCUACAUUUUUCAGGAGCCAUUCUCUGUCAUACAGAACCGGUCGGCCGCAGUGCUGUCUGUCCCUUCUCAGUACAGCAAGACCAGAGACAACAUGGCACUGAGUUUCCAGACCACACAGAGUCCUGCCAUGCUGCUCACAGUUAACACCCUCAGGCAGCAGUAUGUGGCCAUCAUCUUAGCUAGGAAUGGAAGUGAUGUCUUGGACGAUGAGGUAGCUCAUGCUGGGUCCAAAGGCUUCAUUGGCUGCUUCUCAUCUGUCCAGUACAACCACGUUGCUCCACUGAAAGCGGCGUUAUUGAACCGAGGGAGCUCUCUAGUCAGCAUACGAGGACAUUUACUGGAAUCAAAUUGCGGAGCAUUAGCUGACCUUUCAACCUCUGUAUCUCGUCUUGAUCUUGGAGAGGAGGUGGGAAAAGAUAACGAGCAUCACGAAGACGACAGCCAGCCUGAUUCAGCUGUAAUCGGAG